GGAGGAGCACUGAUCUCUUAAAGGCUGAAAGAAAGAGGAAGUUGUACAGACUGUGGUUGAGCAGACCUGAUUACUCAUGCCCACUUGCCUGCCAUUAUUUUCUCCACAUUUAAACUAUGACAAAAAUAUUAGUGUGCGUUUGUCUUCUUUCGGCUCUGAGUUUUGUGGAGGUGAAGACUCUCAGCAAAGAGGGACAUGUUGGGAAAGAUGUUAUAUUUAAAUGUUCUGACUGGAAUGCUUGGACUGAUGUACGACAAAAUGCUAAGUAUCUUUGUCACAGUCCAUGCAAUGAAAACAAACAUAUCAUCAUCAAAGCAGAAUUUGGAAAGACUACAUCUAAGGACAGAAUAGAGAUAACUAACACUGAAGAAGGAUUAUUUGUGACCUUCACUAAUCUUAAAAAGUCAGAUUCCAAAAAAUAUUAUUGUGGAGUUGAGAGAUUUGGUCGUGACAGAUUUAUAGAGUUGAAUCUUAAAGUUAUUGAAGGUAAGUUCAUGUUCUUCAUUUUUAUUUUAAUAAAACACUAUUUGUCAAAUAAUACUAACAUCUCAGGUAAUGAACAAAGCAGUAUACUGUAUAUUAUGUCUUUACUUUCAGCUGAGCCUCCAGUUCGAAGGACACCUAGUGAACCAGUGACUGUUGCACCAUCAGUGUCAUUUGCUGUUACUAACACCUUUACAUCGUCUUCACCCAACAAUAUCAGCACUGAGGAGCCUGAGGUUAACACUACCAGUAAUGUUCAUAUGAAAUCAAAUGAACUAACAGAGCAAGGGUCUGGACAUUUACCAUAUCUGAUCAUAAGUUUUGUUGCCAUCUUAGUCACACUAAUGGUCCUAAUGCCACUAAUGAAGAGACAGCACAAAGUCGUGUCAAGUGCCAAUUCUCCGUAUCAAGUUGCUCAAGAAGAUGAUGUAUAUGAAGAAAUAGAUCUUGAAGAGCAUCAAACUGGGAGGCAGCCUGUAGCAGCUUCGACUCACCACUUCUCUGCAGCCAGCGCUGGACUUGACCCAGACAGUCUGUAUGCAAAUGCUACUUACCUUCAAGAUAUGUCAGAUAAGUCAAAAGUCAGCCGAGGAGCUGCGUGUGCAAAGAGCAGAGACGCAUUUCAUGCUUGUGAAACGGUGUACUCUUUUGCUCAACAACCCAAAAAGAAAACAGAACGCAAUCAAAACUCUCAACCAACGCAAUUUGAAAGCCAUGACAAUGAUUUUCUAUAUUCGCUGGCUCAGCUAACGUAGGCAAGCAGAAGGUGAACACUGUGCAUGGGAUAAUUAAAAGGAAUUUUUAUUUUCUAAAUUUCUUACUAAAUCUUCUGAUUUCUUCCUGAUUUUUGGAAAUACACUGACCUCUGAUACUCUAGCCAGUGAAAGUACUGAAAAUGAGUCUGGAAGGUCAAAAGGGACAGCAGGAAAUGAAUGUGAGAGCCUGAACACUGACUUACUUCCUGAAAGAACUGUGCAGCAAAGAUCUGUUCUACUUCCGCAACUCACCCUGGACGUCUAAAUACAGAUAUGAAUCAUUAGCCCAGUGUCACACUUCUGUGUUUCUUUAUGUAUUCCAAUGAGUUGGCUGUUUAAUACAUUUGCUACAUUUACAUUAUUCUUUAGAUUCACUUCAGCAAUGUCUGUCUGUUGUGGGGAGUUUUUUUUGUUUUUGUAUUCUAGUAUGAAAGAUAAGUUGAUAAUAACGACAAAGUUCUUACAAGUGUUAUUUUGCACUUCCUGCAUCUUGAGGUUUUUUGACAAUCAUCACAGCCACCACAUGAACGUGGCAUGUGAACAUUCAUGUGCCAGUGCCAAGUUUGUUCAUUGUAGCCCAUGUUCAAAAUAAAAAAAAAGGAACCA